AUGGCUCCGGAAACAAAGAGCCGUAAACCUGCGAAUACCGCCUUUAAACAACAACGAUUAAAGGCAUGGCAACCUAUCCUUACACCAAAAACAGUUUUGCCAACUUUCUUUAUCAUUGGAAUCAUCUUUGCACCACUUGGUGGUUUAUUGUUAUGGGCUAGUAACAAUGUGUCUGAAAUUAAUGUUGAAUAUACAUUUUGUGAUUCAGCAGCCCCAAUUUAUCCAAUUUUUGAAAAAAUGCCAUCUAAAUAUAUUCAAACUUCAUUUUCUGGAGCGAUUCCAGGAUCUGUUGGAUCAACACAAUGGAGUCGUCAAGUUAUUGUACCGAUUCAAUCUAACCCCCAAAAGAUAUCCUAUUGGAGUUGUAGAAUAAGAUUCGAUAUACCAAACCAAUUGGAACCUCCAGUCUUUUUUUAUUAUCAUUUAACAAAUUUUUACCAAAAUCAUAGACGUUAUGUCAAAAGUCUUGAUCCUGAUCAAUUGAAAGGCGUUGCUGUUAGUCCAUCAAAUUUACAAAAAAAUUGCAAACCAAUGGCCGUUACAUCCGAUGGUUUUCCGAUUUAUCCUUGUGGCUUGAUUGCUAACUCCCAAUUCAAUGAUACAAUCAGUAAUCUCUCACUUUUAAGCGAAUCAAAUCUUGAUGUUAUUGAAGGAUCGUAUAACUUUAGUCAAAGUGGUAUAGCAUGGCCAUCUGACAGACAAAAAUAUGGCAAAACAACUUAUGACUACAGUCAAAUACGUCCACCACCCGAUUGGGCUGAUAGAUAUCCUAAUGGUACUUACACAGCUGAAUAUCCACCACCUGACCUUCCAAACGAUGAACUUUUUCAAGUCUGGAUGCGAACAGCUGGUCUACCUAGCUUCAGAAAGCUUUAUGGUAAAAAUGAAAUAGAGCCAUUGAAAGCUGGAACCUAUGAAGUUAUAAUUGAAUACAAAUUUCCUGUUACUAGAUAUGGUGGAACCAAGUCAUUUGUAAUUUCCACUGUAUCAUUCCUUGGUGGUAAAAAUCCUUUCUUGGGAUUCGCUUAUAUUGGAGUUGGUAUUCUUUGUGUGCUACUUGGAUGUGCAUUUACUGCUAGACAUUUAUACAAACCAAGAAAACUGGGUGAUCAUGCUUAUUUGUCUUGGAAUAAUCCUACGCCUACAAACAACCAAUAA